AUGUACCGGUGGGCUGAUGGCAAGCAAAAAGAGUUUGUCCUUUCUCGACAUGGUAAUGCCACAAAACCAACAACGAGUGCAUAUUAUCAGCAAGACCCAGGUGUAUUUACAGAUAUUGAAGACAUGAUCAGCGAAGGAAUGUCCACAGAAAGAAUAUACUCCACCAUGGCAAAUAGGAACGUUAAAACUGUAAGUCAAACUGGUAGUUGCCCUAAAAUUAUUGACAACAGAAAGCUUGCAUUAAAGAGUUCAUUUGAAAUUGAACAGGAGCGCCAUAGUGAAGCUGACAUCCUUGUAUCAAGCCUUCGUACUGUUCCCUUUAUCAACAGCAUAACCUUCAGCAAAGAACAGUACAUCAGUGUGAAUAGCCUUCCAUUCUUCGGAUCGAUACAACUUUUGAGUUGGUAGAUUCUCUUUGGCUAACAGACACCACCUUUACAAAUGAGGCACUAAUCGACUUAAAUGGUAAGAAUCCCGAGUUUCCUGGCCCUAGUUUUUGGCACUUCAAGAAAACACGUGAAAGUUACCGUCGAUUCGCUGGAGAGUUAGCAAUUGCAAAGCCUGAACUUCUGGGUAUAAAGAAGAUAGGACAUGACCUGGACCAAGCCAUCGCCAAAGGUGUUACUGAUAUAUUCUGA